UUCCGUCGUCUCGCCCUGGGUGACCGCAAGGGUUCCUGGGAAUAGUAGUCCCCAGUCCGGCAGCUCUGGCAGCAGCAGCCCCGCGCGCAGGACCGCAGAACUACAGAAGUGGCGCACGGGUUGUGAGGCUCUUCCGUCUUCCCUUUCCCUCCCCGCCGGUGCGCCCGCCCCAGCUGUCAUGGCGGCUCCCUUGGCCCUAGUGCUGGUGGUGGCCGUGACCGUGCGGGCGGUCUUGUUUCGCUCCAGUCUGGCCGAGUUCAUCUCAGAGCGGGUGGAGGUGGUGUCUCCACUGAGCUCUUGGAAGAGAGUGGUUGAAGGCCUCUCACUGUUGGACUUGGGAGUGUCUCCAUAUUCAGGAGCAGUAUUUCAUGAAACUCCUUUAAUAAUAUACCUCUUUCAUUUCCUGAUUGACUAUGCUGAAUUGGUAUUUAUGAUAACUGAUGCACUCACUGCCAUUGCCCUGUAUUUUGCAGUCCAGGACUUCAAUAAAGUUGUGUUUAAAAAGCAGAAACUCCUCCUCGAAUUAGACCAGUAUGCCCCAGAUGUGGCCGAACUCAUCCGGACGCCUAUGGAAAUGCGCUACAUCCCUCUGAAAGUGGCCCUGUUCUAUCUCUUAAAUCCCUACACGGUCUUAUCUUGUGUUGCCAAGUCUACCUGUGCCAUCAACAACACCCUCAUUGCUUUCUUCAUUUUGACCACAAUAAAAGGUAGUGCCUUCCUCAGUGCUAUUUUUCUUGCCUUAGCAACAUACCAGUCUCUGUACCCACUCACCUUGUUUGUCCCAGGACUCCUUUAUCUCCUCCAGCGGCAGUACAUACCUGUGAAAGUGAAGAGCAAAGCCUUCUGGAUCUUCUCUUGGGAGUAUGCCAUGAUGUACAUGGGAAGCCUAGUGGUAAUCAUUUGCCUCUCCUUCUUCCUUCUCAGCUCCUGGGAUUUCAUCCCUGCAGUCUACGGCUUCAUACUUUCUGUUCCAGAUCUCACUCCAAACAUUGGUCUUUUUUGGUACUUCUUUGCGGAGAUGUUUGAACACUUCAGCCUCUUCUUUGUAUGUGUGUUUCAGAUCAACGUCUUCUUCUACACCAUCCCCUUAGCCAUAAAGCUGAAGGAGCACCCUAUCUUCUUCAUGUUCAUCCAGAUUGCCAUCAUCUCCAUCUUCAAGUCCUACCCAACAGUGGGGGAUGUGGCCCUCUACAUGGCCUUCUUCCCCGUGUGGAACCAUCUCUACAGAUUCCUGCGGAACAUCUUUGUCCUUGGCUGUAUCAUUAUCGUCUGCUCCCUGCUUUUCCCUGUCCUGUGGCACCUCUGGAUUUAUGCAGGAAGUGCCAACUCCAAUUUCUUCUAUGCCAUCACACUGACCUUCAACGUUGGGCAGAUCCUGCUGAUCUCCGAUUACUUCUAUGCCUUCCUGCGGCGGGAGUACUACCUCACUCAUGGUCUCUACUUGACUGCCAAGGACGGCACGGAGGCCAUGCUUGUGCUCAAGUAGGCCUGGCUGGGCACAGGGUUGCACAGACUUCAGGGGGUGGACAGGCCAGGAGCUGGGCCAAAUCCUCUAGCCAGAAUUGCCAGCAGGCAAGUCCUCAGGCAGAUGAGGUUCAAGUCCAGGGUCAUGAUCUUGGCACCAGAGAAGAGCCAUGGCUGGCAGCAAGGCCUGUGGGGCAUUGCCAGGAGCACCUCUACUUGGACUAACAGUUUUUGGCUCUACACACAAAGGAGCCCCCUCCCAGGCAGAAAAGGGGAAGAAGCAGGUGAGCAGGGUUUGUUAGGAUGUUGACUCAAUAAAUUUUUUUUGGUAUUAAGUCUA